UUUAGUCCGUCUCCACGUCCAGGAGGACUUUUAAAAAUUAAAAUAGAUGCUAGAGAGAAAAAAUACAAAAAAAAAAAUCAAUAUCAAACUAUCUCAAAUCGCGUUGAAGAUAUGGAAAAAGAUAAAUAUAGAAUAGAAAAAACCAUUGCUAAAAAUCCUCCGUUACCCACUAUAACGCCAAUAAUAAACUUAAAUUUACCUAAAAUUUCUCAAGAAUCUUUGUUUGAGAAAUGUUUGGUCGAAAACGAAGAUAAUGGUAAGACUAAUUGUGAUCAUGAAAAAUGGCUAGAGGAAACGACACCGGCAAAAAAUAUAAACCUUAUAAAUAAUUUGGAAGAUGCUAUUAACUUUAUUGUAACAUUAGCGUCAAAUCCAAGCACUGACAAUAAAGAUUUUGAUGAGACGCAGGCAAUUUCAGUAGUACUGUUUUUACGCACUAUUAAAUCACCAGCUGGUCAAUAUGAACCCAACAAUCGAAGAUUAAUGGAGUACAUUGAUAAGAAGGGCGAAGAAUAUAUAAUAAAUUUAACGAAAUAACUUAAAAGUGGUGUAUAUAAAUAAUACAAGAAAUAGUUGGUGCAUUAAAAUGAUUUGAUUCAAAUCGUAAUGAAAAAUGCAUAAAAAAAUAAUUAGUCUAGUUCAUUAU